AUGGAUGUUAACAUAGCAUUUUUCGAGCGUGCGAGGCCAUCGAUGGGCUUGGAACUCCCCGCCGCCAUACACGUAAAGAUAGCUAGCGUCCCGCCAAUAGACAUCUCCGCAUACUUUGAAGAUGGCUCCCGUAAGAAACUAUCCGUACUCUAUACGCUGGUUACCAGGGAUGGGCAGGAACUCGCCCAGAAAUUGAGGGAAUGUUGGCCCGACGUUUUUGCUCGGACACCAGCUGAACGACGCCUUUGCUCUGCCCUUGAUAUCGUGAGAUGGGUGGCUAGCAUUGUGGCUGAGGAUGAAUCCUGCUCGCUGGAUCUAUUUUGUCCUUUGCAGAUUAUCCUCCUCGCCUUGAUUGAUUUCCCAAUUGUGGAAUAUACCAACACUGACACAAACUCCCAAAUCCAUUCCGAAAUUGCCUCCUGUGUCGGCCACCUCGUCCGUGAUCCAUAUGACGGCAGUAUGCCUGACCUUCUCGAUAUCCUAGAAAGCCCGCUGAUGAAAAACAACUUUUGGGCACAGCCUUGCAACCUCUUGUAUAAGUCUACGGUGUUAGAGCAACGCGACGGAACUAUACAUCCAAUUAAAAUCCCACCACAAAACAUCGCCAAGGAAGGCUUGAUAAUCUUCGACGACCCUGCUAGAUUAGCACAAACUGUUGAAUGGAAACUAGGAAGAAUUCAACUUCGCGAUCAAGGAGCCUACCGAUGUUACGUCCCAUCACCCCCAGAGUUCCUUCGCUUCCGCUGGAACAACUCGGCAUGGGUCGCACAGAACAGUGGAAAAGAGGCUCGCGACAUUUUGCAGAAGUUGGAAAUACGAACCAAUGAUACCUUGGAUGAGGGUGGCCACCUUACGUUUCCCGCUAUGAUUAUUCAAUAUCGCUUGAUCUGUAUAGCCAAGAUCCCCGAGCCUGGAGAGGAACCCACGGCUACACAGAUAUUCAUGAAUGAUGGCCAUAGAUUCUUCGGCCAACAUGGAAUCUGUGGAAGUCGGUUUUGGUCGCCCAAUGCACCUGGAAGCUAUUAUUUAAUAUAUCACAAAUUGAAUAAGUCUUCUACUGUUGCUAACGACCCUCUCUCUGAGCCGGCGAAACAGGACGAGCCGAAUCUCUACCCGCCAGGCCGGAGUCCUAUAUCCCCUAUUACGAUCAAGCACAUCAACCCCAUGAAGAACGAUCGCCAUCUCGACAUCCUCCUCGCGCGCGCGAGCACCAUCGUCCUCGUGGCCGUGGCUAUAGACCGAGGCCUUACCAAGACGUCCGCCGAUUGCGAGAUCAUUCUCGAAGUCUCCGAUAUAGAGACGACCCCCGGGCCCGAGGCCGCUCAAGAAGCCCUAAAUCUAGAAGCGACAUCCGUCGCUAGGGCCGCUCACGAUCACCCAUGA